CAACAAAAAACUACUACUACUCCUCCAUUACAUUCAAUAAACUUGAAUAAUUUCUAGGGUUUCAUACAAUAUAUAUAUAUAUAUUUAUAAAUAAAAUCUAUGUCUACAUCUUUCACUAGCAAGCCCAUUCCUUAAUUCACUGCAAAACCCCUCAAGUAGCAACUAGCAAGUAACAUUUUGUCAUUGUAACAUGUGAAAUUUUAUCAUCUUACAAAUUGAAAUGUACACUUUUGAUAAUUCCAUGGAAAAAUAAUGUUGCUCCCACUAACUAUGUGCCCUUCUAUUUUUUUUUUUUUUUUUUUAUUACUACUACCCUUAUUUGAGAAACUAUAUUAUAUAUUCUAACAAAUAGCUACCCAAGAAAAACAAAUAAUAAAGCCCUAAAUUUAUACAUACACCCUUAAACUUCAAAAGUUCAAAACACAUUUGAUUAUAUAGCAAAUGUGGAGAUCAUCAACUAAUAUGAAGGGUGUAAGUAUCAUUGUUAAAGAAGGAGAAGGAGAAGACACAUGGGAGCUAGCUCGCGCGUUCGCCGAGGAUACAAGGAGCACCAUGGAUACAAACUGGCCACCAAGGUCAUACACUUGCACCUUUUGUAAAAGAGAAUUCAGGUCAGCACAAGCUCUAGGUGGACAUAUGAAUGUCCACCGCCGUGACCGUGCUCGUCUUCACCAUCAGUCCACUGUCCAGGCCCAGGCCCAAGCCCAAGCCCGAUCCAUGGUGACUAGUACUAGUCCAACAUCGUCUCUCUUUUAUCAAUUAGCUAAUUGUAGAAGUAGUACUAAUAAUUUUGAGGUUAUGCCUUCUAAUAGUAGGUGUAGUAAUUAUAUUGGUAUGCAAGUUAAUGAGAUGUCACAAGGGGUUAUUAAGGUUAAUAAUCAUGAGGAAAGAGCACCCAUUGAAGAACUCGAUCUCGAGCUUCGCUUAGGACAUAUACCUUUACCAAGACCUUCAGCUUCACAUGAGAAUAUUUUUGAGAAGAAUAGUAAUGUGUCUGUUCUUAACUUUAGAUGAUGAUAAGAUAAUGUUUGUAAUUUUCCAAAAAAAAAAAAAAAAAAAAAUUCUAAAAAUACUAAUAGUAAUCAAUAUUUAA